GCCAUAAAUGAAGAACCUGGUCAAGUGGGACUUGGUCCCCUCCCCUACGAACAUCAUCAAACUCCGCUCACUACGUGGCGGGUGACAAGCAUGCCCAGGAAGGUACAUGAGGCCAAUGGGGAUUGAACCCAAGACCUCCUGAAUGCCACUGGCCAGCCUUACCAACUGAGCUUUCGUAGGCUGGUGGAUCCGUCGCUGUGCCGAAUUCUGCCCUCGCGCUGCCCCGAUGCAGCGUAGUAAUCGAAUAUCAGUACUAUGGCUCCUUUCAUACGUGCUACAAGCAUUGGUCGAUGUGCGGCACUGGCUUCUGGGGAUCGUGGGGAAGAUCGUACAAAAAUGGGUCUACGAGGUUUUAAAAGCAGGGCCUAUGCCAACGCAUAUAGGGUUCAUCAUGGACGGCAAUCGUCGAUUUGCGAAGCGUUCUAAUCUGGACCGGCACGUUGGCCAUGUCAUGGGAUUCGAUCGACUGAUGGAAACCCUGAAGAGUUGUCUCAGCUUAGGCGUGCAGUACAUCUCUGCGUACGCCUUUGCGAUCGAUAACUUCAGCCGCUCGCCAGAAGAGGUCAGCGCACUUAUGACACUUAUGAAAGAGAAGCUGGAGUCUUUGAUGGAGCAUCAGUCGGCAAUCAAGGAGGGUGGAGUACGUAUCAACGUGUUGGGAGACUUGUCUCUUCUGCCUGAAGAUGUCCGCCAAGCGGCAGAGCGGGUAAUGACGGCGACAGCGCACAACACUCGAUUGGUGUUUAAUGUCUUGAUUGCCUAUUCAGGAAAGGCAGAGAUUGUGAGUGCCGUUCAAUCUUUGUGCAGCGAAGUACUUGAGGAGGAAGAGCAGGAGAAGAAGAAACAGGAAGAACAAGAAGAGGAGGAGGAGGAGGAGGAAGGAGAGGAUUGUUGCAAUGAUACAUGCAAUGGUACUCACGAAUUGCAAGGGAACGGGCAUUAUGCGAAUGACCUGUGCGAGAGUCCACCGCCGCGUUUGCGCCAGAAAGUAACAGAGGUGGGGGAAGGCAGGAUCAAGCGAGGAGUGCAAAGCACAGCUGUAGAGUGUAAUGGUCAUCAAGGCGUUCGCCGCAAGCUAUCUUGCAGUGACAAUUGUGCUGUUCAGUGUGCGGUUGGCGAGGUUAACGGGCUGUCGGCGUCGGCGUUGUCGACAUGUGGAGUAGAAGGGGAGGAGGAGGAGGAGGAGGAGGGGGAGGAGGAGGGGGAGGAGGAGGAGGAGGAAGAGGAGGAGGAGGAAGAAGAGGAGGAGGAGGAGGAGGAGGAGGGGGAGGAGGAGGGGGAGGAGGAGGAGGAGGAGAGGGGAGGGAGGUGUUUGGGAAAAGUUCCAUGGGCAGAGACAGGAAGGUGUAGUAGUAGUAGAGUAGAGGGACUAACUGAGGAUGCCUUUGAUCAGUGGAUGUAUACCUCAGGAUGUCCUUAUCCUGAUUUGAUUAUCAGAACAUCAGGUGAGAUUAGGUUGAGUAAUUUCUUGUCAUGGCAGUCAUGUGAUGCGCACCUGAUAUUCUGCAAAGUACUAUGGCCGGCCUUCUCCUGGUAUCAUUUGCUGUGGGCUAUACUGCAAUUCCAACUAGCAUAUCCACAGCUGAUCAAGCAGAGGGAUCUGCGACUUGCAUCUCGUAAUGGGGCCUGUUCCAGUCCUUAAAAAAAAAAAAAAAAAAAAAUGCAUUACAGGCUGGGAACUGGAAUAGAGUUCGUUUUACAG